UCGCUACACCCGAAUGAGUCCCCACACGAUUAUCUACCUCGUCCCAUUCCUCGCCGACGGCGCACGGUGUGGUUCAGAGACUGACACUGAUGGGCCACACGAAUCGAGGUUAUGAAUAUCGAUUCCCGAUCAGGCGCCUCCGUUCCCACUGCUCCAGUUCCUAUAGAUUAACUUGUUGCUGCACUGUGGACAGCGCGCCUGCAUUCACUGUUUCAUCUUCAUGCAUGCGUAGUCACGCCUGAAUACGGUUUACUCACAUCCCAGCCGCCAUCGAAAAUGUAAUGUCGACACGGACAGAUGGAUGAAAAUGGCUAUUUCGAUCGCAGAACGAAUAGGUGCGAAAAAUUCUAACCACGCGCAAAAGAGGAAAACGUGAAUGGGUAUAAUAAGGGCCAUGCUGGGGGAUCAAAGCCGGAUCCACUUCUGGUUUAUGGAGGUUGAAAAAGAGAGCCGGGAAAGAAGACUGACAUUUGACCUCAGAUUUGACCUGAAGAAAACCUGGCGACGGGGGUUGAGCGGUGGAAAAGUCGUAAGGAGUAAUUUCGGCGCGUCGGUAUCUCGUUCGCCGGGAACACUGGAGUCGCCACCGUACGCUUAUUGAUCCCGUUGGUGAAAAGAUGGCGGCCGCGACGCCCCGCGUCCUCGCGAUUAUCCUGCUGGUCUUCGGUCAACUUCGCACAGGACGAACCGCCGAGGGGACCUCGAAGACGUUCACGUUUCCGGAAUUUCCGUACAAGGAAACGGGAAAAAACGAGCUGCUCUUCAGGGAGUUCGAACAGGCCUGCGAGCAGAGCGGAGCCUGCAGGAUGCUGCAGCAACAGGGUAACAGCAUAACGAAGGUGCGAUGCAUCAGGGAAUGCGUUUCGCCAUCCUGUUACCAGGAGAUCUACCUUCCCGACCAGUUGGAGGAGGGAGAAAUUGACGUAAGACUGAAUUCCUUCAAGGGUUGCUUCAUGCAGCGAAGUGGCCGACCCCGGAAAUAACUUAUGCAUUAUACGGCAUAAUUUUUCAUCCCUCAUCACGUAUAUGUAUUCGAGAUUCGAUCACGCCAGGUAGUGUAUCUAUUAGUAAUUGAAUUCUUUUUAACGUUCGAUAAAUUUUUAUAAUUAUACCACGAAUUUAAACUAGUAUUUAGAUUAUACAUACAUACAUGUAUAAGUAUAUAUAUAUAAUUAAUGGUAAACUGAAGUGAAAUACUCGUGGCUUUAAUAUACUUAUCUACACCGUCGCCUACGCUAGGUACGCGUUUGUGUGUAUCCAUAGUAAGAAAAAAAAAAUACAAAUUUUGCGGUACUGAGCGCGAUACUUUCUAUAUACAAUUUUUAAAUGCAGACGUGUAACGCACGUAAAUAUUGUAAUCGCCUUUUAAAGUUUUACGUAUAUUUAUUACGAAAGAAUUGACACUAUCUAGGUACUAUUAUAAUAACUAUGCUAAUGCUAUUUUCAAUAAUAAAAAAUCAUUU